AUGGCGACCCACUCGGUGCCUCAAGGUUUGUCAGUAGUAGCACCAGGCACAGAGCUUCUCAUCGACCAAGAACAGCAGGUCUUACUGGCGGCCAUCAGCACGUUGCUCAUGGAGAUGGGCGCAUUCUGCUCGUCCCCCAGCCAUCGCUCGAGGAUCCAAAUGAUCCGCUGUUGUGGCCCGCUUGGAAGAAGUGCUGGGGCCCAGAUGGGCGCCACGCUGGCUAUCUCGUCCAGCCUGGACUGUCACAUCGAUCUGUCGGCCGAGAUGAUGGUGACAAUUUCAUGCCUGAAGUCCGCGGUUGCGUGGAUCUGGACGUGGUGUAUUGAUGACUGGGUGACGUCUAGUGGGUUGUUGGUGGUAUUUAUGUGUAUGGCGGCUGUGGAUGUGGGGGUUUAUGGUACGACGGUUGUGUUUUACCUGUAUGGGAAGAGAGUGCAGAUUUGGGUUCAGACGAGGGACGCUAUGGAUUAG